GGACGGCUGUUGCUAAGGGAGGGGACGCGCGGGGAAGCGCGGCCCGAUCGGCGGCCGGCACCGAGCGCGACCGCCUAAGCGGCGCCCCCUCCUCGGGACCCUCCCCCACGCCCAGCGUCCUUGAAAGGAGCCGCGAGUGCAGUCCCCACCCCCGGAAGGCGCCCCUACGAGCCAGCGCGACCCCGGAGCGCCGCUCGGAUUUUUGAUUCUUGAUUCACCUUCCGCUACUGGGACUUUCUCGAAGAGGACGUGCGCUUCCCCUAGGAACGGCGAGGACCCCCGGUUCGGGGAGCCCAACCCCCGCGCAGUGCCCGGAGGCGCGACGAGGAUUGGCGGCGCCCCGUGGACCCCAGCCCUCCAGCGCGGGCCGGGGAUGGAGCCGCAGCCCGGCGGCGCCCGGAGCUGCCGGCGUGGGGCCCCCGGCGGCGCCUGCGAGCUAGGCCCGGCGGCCGAGGCGGCGCCCAUGAGUCUGGCCAUCCACAGCACAACGGGCACCCGCUAUGAGCUGUCGGUGCCCCCGGACGAAACGGUGGAGGGGCUGCGCAAGCGGCUGUCCCAGCGGCUCAAAGUGCCCAAGGAGCGCCUGGCGCUGCUCCACAAAGACACCCGGCUCAGUUCGGGGAAGCUGCAGGAGUUCGGCGUGGGGGAUGGCAGCAAGCUGACGCUGGUGCCCACCGUGGAGGCGGGCCUCAUGUCCCAGGCCUCGAGGCCAGAGCAGUCUGUGAUGCAGGCCCUGGAGAGCCUGACCGAGACACAGCCCCCAGUGGCGCCCGGGCCGGGCCGGGCUGGCGGAGGCGUCUUCCGGAAAUACCGAUUCAUUUUAUUUAAGCGUCCGUGGCACCGACAGGGACCCCAGAGCCCAGAGAGGGGCGGCGAGAGGCCCCAGGUCAGUGACUUCCUGUCGGGCCGCUCGCCGCUGACCCUGGCGCUGCGCGUGGGGGACCACAUGAUGUUCGUGCAGCUGCAGCUGGCUGCCCAGCACGCCCCGCUGCAGCACCGCCACGUGCUGGCCGCUGCCGCCGCCGCCGCCGCCGCUGCCCGCGGGGACCCCGGCAUGGCUGCCCCCGUGUCGUCCCCCUGCCGGUCCAUGGCCGGCGCUGCCCGAGUCCCCCCGAUGGCCAGCAGCCCUGCCCCCACGUCCCCCUCAUCUGUGACCGCCGGCUCCUUCCGAUCCCACUCCGCUUCCGCCGCCUGCCCUGAGAUGGACUGUUCGCCCCCCGCCAGUGCUGGCGCCAGCCCCACUUCAACCCCCGGGGGGAGCCCUACCUCCCGCUCCCGCAAGCCUGGCGCUGUCAUCGAGAGCUUCGUGAACCAUGCCCCGGGGGUCUUCUCAGGGACCUUCUCUGGCACACUGCACCCCAACUGCCAGGACAGCAGCGGGCGCCCGCGGCGUGACAUCGGCACCAUCCUGCAGAUCCUCAACGACCUUCUGAGUGCCACGCGGCACUACCAGGGCAUGCCCCCGUCCCUGACCCAGCUGCGCUGCCACGCGCAGUGCGCGCCCGCCUCACCUGCCCCGGACCUCACCCCCAAAACUACCUCCUGCGAGAAGCUGGCGGCUGCGGCCCCGGCCUCCCUGAGCCAGGCCCGCAUGUGCAAGCCCCUGGGGGACCGGCUGCGGCAGACGGAAAACCGGGCCACCCGCUGCAAGGUAGAGCGCCUCCAGCUCCUGCUCCAGCAGAAACGGCUCCGCAGGAAGGCCCGGCGGGAUGCCCGCGGGCCCUACCACUGGCCACCAAGCCGCAAAGCCGGCCGCAGCGACACCAGCGGUGGCGGUGGGGGUGGCGGGCCCAGUGAGGCCUCCGGCUUGGGCCUCGACUUCGAGGACUCCGUUUGGAAGCCGGAAGUCAACCCUGACAUUAAGUCAGAGUUCGUGGUGGCCUAGGAACCACGUCCCUCGCCCGGCCACCCUGAGUGGAGAGUCCCCUGGGCCAGCCUGCGUGUGGGAGGGCGGGCAGUUGGGGUCAGGGCAGCGGGAGGCCCCUCCCUCCCCACCAGCUUCCUUCUGGUUUUUUGGUUUGUUUUUUUUUUUGUUUUGUUUUGGGGUUUUUGUUUUUUUGUUUUUUUUGUUUUGUUUUGGUUUUGGGUUUUUUUUUUUUUUUUUUUUUGGUUUUUUGUUUUUGUUUUUUUUUGUUUUGUUUUGUUUUUUUGUUUUUGUUUUUUAAUUUCCAUUCUUACCAUGGUUUUCUGAACUCUCCAUGGACUUGGUUCCUGCCUCCUUGGUUCAGCUCACACUUCCCCGCCUCUUCCUCCCGUGGUGGCUCCCGUUCUCGGCCGAGCCGGGCCCUCCCCGCCCACUUCCCAAGCUCCAGAGAUGUAGCAGUCACUCCAGAUGGCCGAGAGUGGGACGAGACGAGGAAGCCGCCCCCACCCCUUCAGGUUUAAGUCAAAAACGUAGAUGCCUCAUGAUGCACUUUACAGACGGGCAGGGCCAAGGAGGGAAGGCCCACUGCAGCUGCACCCUGGCCUUCCGGGCGGCCGGCAGGCCCCACAGCCACCGAAGACCCGCUGCGCUGCCCUGUGGCCAGGGCCCCCCACACCUGAGCUCUUUUCUCUUGGUCUCUCUUUCCAGGGAAAAAAGAGGAGGGGCGCUUCAGUAGGCGGACCCCAGCCUGCCCCUGGGGCUCAGGGGGAAGUGUGGGGCCCUCUCCUAAUAGGAAAGGGAGGGAGGGGGACAGACCAGCCGCUAGCCUUUGCGUCCACGCACUGUGCCAUCUCCCCCGGCCCCACCCCCUUUUUGUUCUGAGCUUGGGGUAUUUAUAGCCUAUUAAUUUUCUGAGCCAAUAGUGGUUGGGAGUCUCUUGAAAACUGGGAGAGAAAUGGUUGGGGGACGGGCAGAUCACCCCCAGCCCUCCUUCCUGGCCCAACCCGAGAGAGAUGUGGCCUGUGGGCUGUGUCUGGAGGGCCCCCUGGCAGUCAGGAGGGGAGGGGGUGCUGAGCUGUGAAGCCCCUGUAGGGGUGACGCUGUGUAGCAUUAACCCCCCCCCCGGGGGGGGGGUUCGCUGCUGGUCUAAAUUGGACCCUCCCCACUCGUGCCCUUACCCCCAGAUUCCCCUGGGGCAAAGGGACAAGCCCUCUACUGGGGCCAUUUCAAUGGGGGUGGAGUUUUUUUUCAUUCACUUACUUUGUACUGAUAAUGGAGAUGACCAGGCCCUGCCCCUGCCCGUCCCCUUUCUGUCCUCCAGACACCCCCACCCCUGCCUGUUCCUCCUCAUCCUAUUGUAGGUGAACCCCCCCCCAUUAUGUGUUUCAAGUUAAUGGUUUCAGAUGUGAACAUCAUGUGUUAAUUGUAGCUCUGUAAACUUUUUUGUGGGGGGGGUGGGUAGGGAGGGGUCAGAGGGUAGGGGUCACUGAUUUUUGUUUUCAUUUUCCAAAAAAAAAAAGAAAAAGGAGAAAAAAGGAGUGGGUUUGUUUCUGAAGAACUGUGUUGGAUCCCUAUUUAAAUGUGUUCUGUUUUGUCGGGUUUGUUUGUUUGUUUUAGUUUUUUAAACGAUUUUUAAAUAACACCUGUGCCUCCGCGGGUCUGAGGGUGGAGGCCCCAGGCAGGAGCCCAGGCAGCCGGUCCCUCUCUGCCCUCCCCAGGGCUCCCCCAAGAAAGCAUUACUCACCCUCGGGGGUCGGGCUGUGGGGUGUCCCAGCACCUUGCCUGAGUUUCCUGUAUGAAAACAAAGUUGGGAAAGAUUAAACCUAUACAAACACGUGAUUCCAAGUAAUAAACAGAAGAUGAAACGAG